GGGUGUUUUUGCUUUUAGGCAAUGGGUGAUGGGUGGUUCUGAUAUCAUCUAAAUUAGUAUAAUUUAUUGCUUUAUUUUAAUGGGUUUAGUUUCUUGUUUAUAAAAACCCCAACAAAAUUGGAUCUUUUUCGGUUUUUCAAGAUUUCCCCUUCUCCAUUUAGCCUUCAUGCACAGAAUUUUGUAAGUAAACCAUGGCCUCAACUUCGACUCAAUUUGUAACCUCAAGAAGAAUGGGAAUAUACGACCCACUGCAACAAAUAAGCAUGUGGGACGAUGGUUUUGGAGCUAAUCUUAACCCUAACACAAGCCCUGGUAUGAUGAUGAUGACACAGGUCGAUUCAAGGCUAGCAAACAAGACCGAAUACAACUCUCAAGAAUCGUUAGAACCAUCGCCAGAAGCUCGAGCAACAAAAACAAUUUCAGAUAAGUUGCAGAGACGACUAGCACAAAAUCGUGAAGCUGCUCGUAAAAGUCGUUUAAGGAAAAAGGCGUAUGUUCAACAAUUGGAAUCCGGUCGUUUAAAAUUGGUGCAAUUAGAACAGGAACUCGAGAGGGCUCGACGGCAGGGCGCAUACGGUGGUCUAUUUGAACACCGGCAACAGUUUGUUAUCUGGUAA